AUGACAGUAAUCGACAUUGAAGUAGUCUUUGACUUUGUUUGUGCGUGGUGCUAUAUCGGCAAGCGCAAACUCGACCGAGCCAUCGCGCUGUAUCAAAAAACAUACCCAGGUGGUCGAUCCGACAUUUUCUCUAUCAAAUGGAGCCCUUACUACCUCAACUACAACCCACACCCCCACAGCGUGCCUAAAAGUGACUUGAUUGAUGAGCGAAUGGGAGACAUGACUCCAGAGCAGCGAGCCACAUUGUUCAACCGCAUGAACCAAAUUGGACGCACUGUUGGCAUCAUUUUCAAGCCCGGCGGCCUCAUUGGGAGUACGCGUGACGCGCACCGUCUGGUGCAUCUCAGCCAGACCAAGUCUCCUGAGAUCCAAAAUGCCUUGGUGGACACUAUUUUACAAGCUUAUCACGAGCUGGAGAAGGACAUCUCAUCCAAGGAGGUGCUAACAGAGCUCGCCGUGAACGCUGGAUUGGAGCAGGCCGAGGUGGCUGAGUGGCUCGAUACCGAUCUGGCGGGAGAUAUUGUAGAUAAGGAGGCUCGACAGAACAAGGAGGAGCCAGGCAAUACCGGUGUCCCACGAUAUAUCAUUGAGCGGGCGCAUCAUUUGGACGGAGCGGUAGAUCCAUCUGAAUUCAUCGAGGUGUUCGCCAAGAUCAAGGAAGACAAAACGGAAGCAUGA